CAAAAUAAACCAAUUAACUUUAAAUAGUAUUUGUAAUAGAUUUAUGGAUAUGAAACAUAUAUACUUGAUAGUAGAUAUUUUUCUCGCUUGCGCAUUAUGCACCAUAUCAUCGAAUUUGAUUACAAACAAAACUAUUCCAGUUGUAAUAUGGCACGGAAUGGGUGAUUCUUGUUGCAAUCCUUUAAGUAUGGGAAGCAUAAAGAAAAUGAUAGAAACAAAGAUUCCAAACAUUUAUGUACUUUCAUUAAUGAUUGGAAAUAAUAUUAUUGAGGAUACUGAAAAUGGUUUUCUCUUAAACUCAAACACUCAAGUUGAACAAGUUUGUCAAAAACUUUUGUCUGACACAAACUUAAAAAAUGGAUACAAUGCUUUAGGAUUUUCUCAGGGCGCGCAGUUUUUGCGAGCAGUUGCUCAGAGAUGCCCAUUUCCACCAAUGAAAAAUUUGAUUUCUUUUGGAGGUCAACAUCAGGGUGUAUACGGUUUUCCACGUUGUCCUGGUGAAUCAUUAAAGUUGUGUGAUUAUAUGCGUAAACUUUUAAACUUUGGAGCAUAUGUAAGCUGGGUUCAAGAGCAUCUUGUUCAAGCUCAAUAUUGGCAUGAUCCAAUAAAAGAAGAAGAAUAUAGAGAGAAAAGUCUAUUUCUGGCUGAUAUUAACCAAGAAUUGAAUAACAACGCUUCUUACAAAGAAAAUUUAAUGAAAUUAGAAAAUUUUGUAAUGGUUAAAUUUUCACAAGAUACAAUGGUUGAUCCCAAAGAUACUGAGUGGUUUGGAUUUUAUAAAGAAGGGCAAGCUGAAGAGGUUUUUACUUUACAGGAGAGCAAGUUAUAUAUUGAGGAUCGACUUGGUUUACAAGAAAUGGACAAAGCUGGAAAACUACAUUUUUUAAUCUCGGAUGGAAAUCAUUUACAAUUUACCCAAGAUUUUUUUAAUGAAGAAAUCCUUCCAUUUUUAAUGUAAGCUGAUUAUUUAAAAAAAAAAAUUGUGCUACUUUAAGUUAAAAGAUUUUAAUUUUUUAUUUUAUUUUGAAAUUUUUUACGAUAACUAUUUGUCAUCAAAGAUAAAGUUUUUGUCACAACAACACAAACAAAUCACAAACGAAUUUUUAUUAUAUAUAAAUUUGUAUUUUAUCCAUACCAUAUAAAUUGUGAAGUAUAAAUUGGACAUUUUCGUUUUGAUUUUUAAACAUUUGCUUAAAGAGAUUUUUUUUGUAAAAAUAAUUAUUUUGCGUUGUAAAAGUUUUUUAAUAUAUACGUAUAUAUUUUUUGUAAGUUUAAAUAACAUAUUGCAUAAAUUUAACGAAUAUAAUUUUUUAUAUUUAGUGAUUUGACUUUAUUACUGAUAUUUGUACUUCAAAAUGUAGAUGGUUUUUUGAAUACCUAUAUUGUUUUUUUUGUUUUUGUUUUUGUUACAAUAGCUGAUUAUAACUUAUAAUAACUUUCUUAAUUA